CAAGUGUUUAGAAAAAAAUACGCAAAUUCGCUGUUGAGUUUAUGGACGUACGCUAUAAACUGCAGCGCCAAAGAGAUUUUGAGUCAGUUAUCGAUGGACGGCGCACGUGUGUGGUACUCAAGUGAUCGUUAGCGUUAAGUGCAGUGAUGGCGCAAGUGAUAAGAGCAAGCAAUUUAGAGUUGUGAGGGUUAUUGAGUGGUGCUAAAAUAUUGGUCCUUGCGCGUAUUCCUUUUAAAAGUAAUUAUUUUUGUGUAAUAAGUGUAGAGAUAUAACAAUAAAAAAGUUGAGUAGCGAUAAAUAAAUGCUGUGGGAUACAAAAUUAAUAUUACUCAUACGCACUGCUGAACAAUUCAUGUGCAAAUAAUGUGCAAAUAUUAUGCAUAUAUAGUAUUAUAAAUAAAAAGAAGCAGCUGUGAUAUAAGUAACGGAUUGUUUUAUAAUGAAUUUUAUCAAACGAUUUUAGAAAGUUAUGUAAAGUUGUUAGUGUCGGUUGCUAAAUCUUGAUGUAUAAAUGAAAAUAACAUUCAAAAGCACUGCCAAUAUUAAGAACAAGUUUUAAGAACGUAUAUUUUUCUUUUUCUAAUUGUGUUAAGCGCUUGUCCAGUUAACUUUUUCAACAACUAAGUGCAAAAAAUCAACCAAAAUGUUCAGUCGCAGCAAUUCGCAUCCUGGCAAUGGGCCAGCCGAUGCUUACACACAGGUGCCUACGAAUAUCACGUCAGCCAAGUCCAUAAACGCUGGUACAAGAACCGCCGCGCGUGAUGCGAAUCGCGGUCAAUGGGCCUCAAAAACAGAGUUUAUGUUAUCCUGUAUCGGCUAUGCGGUGGGCAUUGGCAAUGUGUGGCGUUUUCCAUAUCUCUGCUAUCGCAGCGGUGGCGGCGCUUUUUUGGUGCCUUAUCUGUUGAUGUUAUUCCUUUGCGGCAUUCCAUUAUUUUUCAUGGAGAUUGUGAUGGGACAAUUUUCGAGCGUUGGCUGUAUUGGUGUCUUCCGCUUGGCACCGUUAUUUAAAGGCGCUGGCUUCGCUAUAGUGAUUGUCAACAUUAUUUGUACCUGCUACUACUCGGUGAUCAUCGCCUAUCCAAUUAUGUUUUUAAGUAAAUUGUUUUCUUUAAAAUUGCCUUGGAUUGAUUGUCAGAAUGCGUGGAACACAGAUCAUUGUGUGGAGGUUAUGGAUUUAGCGCAGCGCAACUUCACACAUCACACUGGGUUUCGCACGCCAGCCGAUGAGUUCUUUCAUUUCGAAAUAUUGAAAAUAUCUGGAAGCAUUGAGGAACUAGGCGACUUGGUAUGGCCGCUGUUUUAUUGCUUGAUCUUUGUGUGGCUCUCGGUGUAUGUCUGCAUCAUACGCGGCAUAAAAACGGUCGGCAAAGUGGUUUACUUCACCGCAAGUUUUCCCUUUUUCAUACUCUUCGUAUUAUUUAUACGCGGCGUAACGCUACCUGGCGCCUGGAAAGGUAUUUUGUUCUACAUCAAACCGGAAUGGUCACGAUUGUUGGAUCUAAAAGUUUGGGCCGACGCUGCAAUACAGAUAUUCUUCUCGUUGGGUCCGGGUUGGGGUGGCAUUGUGAAUAUGGCUAGUUUUAAUAAUUUUCGCAACAAUGCCAGAGGCGAUGCAUUCGUUAUACCGAUUGUGAAUUGUGCGACUAGCAUUUUUGCGGGAUUCGUGGUUUUCUCCGUAUUGGGUUUCCUCUCACACCAAUCCGGCAUACCAGUGGCCACGGUGGCAACAUCUGGUCCCGGCCUGGCAUUCGUAACAUAUCCACAGGCCAUCGCCAUGCUGCCAAUGCCACAUUUGUGGGCUGCGCUCUUCUUCUUGAUGCUCUUCCUUCUAGGUUUGGAUAGUGUGUUUGUUCAAAUCGAGGCGAUUAUAUCGUCGAUCAUCGAUGAAAUACCAAAGCUGCGACAACAUAAGGCUCUUGUUACAUUGGGAUCGGUUAUAAUCAUGUUUUUAAUGUCAAUAAUUAUGGUGACAAGGGGCGGCAUAUUCAUACUUCAACUGUUUGAUUGGUAUUCUGCAUCGAUUUCGGUAAUACUCAUAUGCAUCUCGGAAGUGGUUAUGGUCGCCUGGAUCUAUGGCGUGGACAAUUUUAUUGCCGAUAUUUACUUUAUGAUCGGCAAGCGACCGGGAAUCGUUUGGAAAUAUUGUUGGACGUACGUCACGCCAGUCAUAUUGAUUGGCAUGUUCUUCACUAGCAUCAUAUUUAAUCGCGACAUAACCUACAAUGGUAUUAUAUACCCACGUUGGGCCAUAGCACUCGGUUGGCUGAGUUGCGCCAUCUCCAUUGCAUGCAUUCCAGCAUAUAUGAUUUAUGCAUUAGUGCGAAGCCAGGGCACGCUCGUGAAGACUGUGCGCAGGCAAUUACAAGCCGUUGAUUGGACGCCGGCGAACGAGGAGUAUCGCCUUGAGUACGAGGAGUAUCAGCGUUCACGUAAAUUAACCAGUGAACUGCAUAAGAGCAGAGUGGAGUCGAUGGCUAAAGCGCGAGUGUGACGUCACAAAAUGUGCGUAGACAUUUACCUCAUAUAUAAGAUAUAUGUAUGUAAAGCGCUGUAAUGAUUAUGUAGCAGAAUUUGUUUAGGUAUUAGCAUAUGUGUAUAUUAUCUAUAUUUACAAAAACAACAAGAAAUUACAAAUAAUUUGUAUAAGAAAAAUAUAAUAUAAGCAUUUAUUAAUAAAAAAAAAGAAUUAUGAAUAUUAUAAAUUCAUCUUUGGCUUAGAGAAAACGUAAAAAUAUGAGUUCAAAUUCGUAUUGAUUUCGUUACAACAAUAAAAAACUGCUAUAUCUGUAAAUUAAUACGUGUAUACUCGUACAUAUACAGUUUGGCCUUGUCUACAAAUCACAAUUUAAUAUCUUCAAUAGUAAAUAUAUACAUAUAUAUAUAC